GCGUAUAAGGAAUGUAGGUAUACUGUAUGGCCGAGUGACGUCGUAAGCCAUUUAAGCGGGCCGUACCACCGACUAAAGGGCACAGAAAGUCAAGAGAUCGCAAGAGCGGUUCGUCGUUGGCGCGGAUUAGUCCAUGGCCAUCGAGAAUUCCAGGUUCCCGAUGCCAUUGAGGAGCCCAUCGCCGCGUUACCGUUA